UUCUAGUAAGUCAACGACAUGCCUGCGGUGACUGACGUGGUACAUUCUAAAUGGAGUUUCCCGAUAUUGGCCACAUCAGUUGCCAGCGCCGUACACGAAUGAAUAUUUGAGGUUGAUCGUUGAUGAAUGGGGCAGAAGAGAACGGAGGUUUUUACUAAAAUUAAACUGGAUUAUAGAGUAUCUGAACCAAAAUGGUUUUACUGACCAUGAUUGCGAGGAUAGCAGACGGUUUGCCGUUGGCUGCGACCAUGCAAGACGAUGAACAGAGCGGUCGAAGCAUUUUAGAAUACCAGAAUCAAGCAAAAAUGUUGUUCAGGAAACUCGGUCCACAGUCUCCAACCAGAUGUACUAUAGAAACAGGACCUUACCUAUUUCAUUACCUUAUAGAAAAUGAAGUCUGCUACUUAGUUCUAUGUGAACGUAACUAUAGUAAACGCAUAGCAUAUAGCUAUCUUGAAGACAUUGCCCAAGAGUUUUAUUCGCAAUAUGGUAAACGGGUUAAUACCGUUACCAGGCCCUACUCAUUUAUUGAAUUUGACACGUACAUUCAGAAGGCAAAAAAAGUGUUCUCAGACAGCAGGUCUAGGAGAAAUAUGAAUGCUCUAAAUACACAAUUACAAGAUGUUCAAAGAAUCAUGGUCCAGAACAUCGAUGAUGUUCUACAGAGGGGAACCGUACUUUCAGAAUUGGAUUCUAAGACACAAAAUUUAUCAAUGCUGUCACAAAAAUAUAGAAAAGAUGCCGCACAUUUGAACAGCAAAUCUAUGUAUAUUAAGGCAGUUGCAGGAAUAGUUGCAUUCUUAGUCUUUUUAUUGUAUUUUUUCAUCCUAUAAUUGAGAAGUAUAAUUGUGAAUUGUGUUAUGGAAUCGAACGAUAACCAACUACUUUCAUCCAUUGAAAACUAUGGGAAUUCUUGAGAAUGGUUUUUCCAGGGGUUUUUUUCAUCCAUAGAUAUGGAAAAUAUAUUUAUAUACACUGAGUAAUAUCGCGAGUAUAGGGUGUCUAAGUAUACUCGAGUUUCUAAAAAAUGGAAUAAUCUGUAAAACAUGAUGAAUCAAAAUUUUGAAUCCAAUAUGAUCGAGUGAAUGCUAAUUCUGAGUCUGCAUAGAGACUUCCGUUGUCUUUAAGUUGGUUAGUUCUUUUGUAAUAAAAUAAACUUAGGUCUUCAUAGCGCAACUAAUCGCGAAAUUCUACACAUUGAUUUGUACAUUGAGAAAGAAAAUUGAAAUAUUAUGCUGCAUGUGCGUUAAGUCAAACUUCCAAACGAAAGAAUUUAGAAGUGUCUUUCAUUCGAUUCAUAAAGUCGGGUAAAUGUAACAUCAUUCUUUAUGUAAAAGCGAAACAUCGCAGGCAGUCAGGCCCAACAUAUUUAUAUAUAUUUAUAUACAUAAAUAUAUAGAUAUGUAUAAAAAUUAGAAAGUCCAAUGAAAUUAUUUAUUAUUCCAUAUGGUACAAGUAUUUUUGGGUGUUAUAUCAGAAGCAAUGAGCAUCGCUGAUGGAGCAGGAAUUCACGAAAUAUGUGUAACAUAAUGGACUGUACACAUUACAAUUAAAGUUAUUGUCUUUGUAUGCAAUUCAAUUUUACGAUUCUAUUGAAUGUUCUAUUUACAAUAAAAUAUCAAUGCAUAUUGAA